GUGGAGAUGGAGGGAGAGAACAGAAUCCCUGCGACUUCCCUACCGCGAUGUGGAACUAUCUCAUCUUAGUUUGUUCUUCUUUGGCACUCUCAAAUGCUGCAAGUCUACCUGCUUCGAUACAGAAGUGCCAGAAUGAUGACAAACUUAAUGACUGUAUUAUGGAGAACUCGAAGGAAGCCAUAGCAGGACUGCUAAAAGGCAUACCAUCGCUGGGAAUUCCUGUUUUGGAUCCUUUAAAAAUUGAGAAAAUUGAACAGACUACAAGCGGAUCCAGAAGUGUUUCAAUGAAUUUCUCGCUGAGUGAUGUCGAACUUAAAGGCCUUAAAGACGCUGAGCUUGUCAAAUCAGAGUUUGAUACGGCUAACAAAAUAAUUCAGUUCAGCAUAAAAAUACCACAGUUGGUGAUAACCUCUCAUUAUAAUUUGAAUGGGAAAUUCUUAGUUGUUCCGGUAACAGGAAGUGGAAAACUAAUGCUUACAAUCGAUGAACUUGAUUUCACUUAUUCAAUGAAUUAUAAUAUAGAGGAAAAAGAUGGAGUUGAAUAUGUAAUGCCCAAUUUCCCAGGGAAGUUGACAUAUGCUUCGAAAAAAGUAACACCUGUGUUCGAAAACCUUUUCAAUGGCGACCAAGAUCUAGGCGAAAAUUUCAACAAGAUGGUAAAUGAAAACUGGCAGGAGUGGGAUGCUCAGGUCGGUCCGGGAAUAGCAGAUGCGCUCGCUCAAGUGAUAGGAACUCUUUUAAAGAGAGUCACAGAUGCGGUACCCUACAAAGAGAUGUUUCUUUAAUUUUCAGUGUAAAUGAAUUUAUCAAGGAUUUGGAUUGAACAUAGGGAAGUAACAAAGAAAAAUCAACGAUAUUGUACUUUUAAAUAAUUAUUUGUUUAAAAACGAUUUAGUUACUUUAGAUCAAGGGCUCUUAGCAUUAGAUUGUAUACUUCUAUGCAUUUAUU